AGUGUUGCCCAUAAAAAACGAGAGCCCUUUUAGUAGGGCUAAUCAAGUAAAGUGUUACAAAUUUGUGUCACUAUCAGCUGAAUAAACAACGCAAUUAUCUUGUGAGAUAAUUCAAACAGUUACAAAUAUUUUUUAAAAUGGAGCAGGGAAGAUGUCAAAUGUUUUGAUAUUAUAAUGAAUUCCAAAGACGCUAUUUAUGUGGAUAACCAUUUACAUUGAUGAAUUAUGAUUUGCAUACACACCGUUAUUUUAUAUUCUUCAGAACUUAUAAAAAAUGACUACGGAAACCACUGAGGAACUGACUAUCUCUAAAACUGACACUCAUGAGACAACAGCUCAGACUGCAAAGAUUUCACAUGACGAUGACAAAGUUAUUGACUUUAAGAAGUUGGAGUCUGAACUUCAAAAUGCUGUAGAGGGAGAGGCUAGAUACUGGAGAGAAAAUGAUGCAAAGUUCCGAGCUGUUCACCAGAAAGUUGCAUCUUAUGACGAGUUUCGUGACAUUGUCCUGGCAUCCCACCUUCUGCCGCUCGAGAAGGACGACAGACUGACAAACAUCAAGUUUAUACAGCCAUGGAACACACAGGCUCAGAAGAAACAGGACAGUGGAAACAGAGAAACUACUGCUGAAAUUCCAAAGGCUAAAGACUGGCCAACAUCGGGUCAAGGAUUUGUGCGAGAAUGGCGGAGAUUAAAUAAGGACACCAAACAACAGUACGCUUACCUGCUGCAAAUAGGUGGUGAACAACUAGGAACGAUUUUCAAAACCGAGAUCGGUUUUGGAUUACUAGGAGAGUUUGGAAAUUGCCUGAAUUGCGCUUUUGCGGAACAGGAUUCUAAUGCCAUAUUGUGCAUUCUUCAACAUUUGAGCACUACAAAUAGGUUUUCAUUGACGGUUCAGUUUUUGAGUUCUAAAGAGAAAGAUUAUUUUAACAGCCUUUUCAGAAAAUUGAGUGAAUCUUUAAAGGGUAGAGACCCUGAGACUGAUGUAUUUAAAGAUCUGUUGACUAAAUAUGAAGUGAAGUUAUGAAGAAUUAAAUUUAUAAUUUGAGUAAUUAAAUGUGUGUUGCUCUAGAACACAAGUUCUUACUUAACAACAUGUUAAUGUAUAAUAAUUGUAAUGGGUAAAUGUUACAUUAACCAAUCAAG